GGACUCUGAUACGUAACUCUUUUCUCCGUCCGUCCUUCCUCACCUGUUUUCGUCAACUCAUGCGCAAAGUUUACAUCCGUCUCUCCGAAGUCGAAAGGCGGCGUUUACAUUGCCCCCAUUCACCAACCCAAUCCACUAGCCGCGCUGCCCCUUCUAUUUAUCCGACCCUCCUUCUGUUCAAUGAGUUUCGCUGAGUCUUUCUCGAGCCUUUGAGUUGAGGGCCUUGACAGUGAGUAAGUACAAGGGGCACUGGGGUGUACGCGAGCCAUGAUGCCGGAGCCGAAGGCGGCCGACCAGAGUGGCGAAGCGCCGGUCUUCCAUCCCGGGGUGGACAGGGAACGAGAGAUGUCGGCCAUGGUCCUGGCCCUGACGCGCGUGGUGGCCGGAGAUGUUCCCAGCGACGCCGAGGGGUCGUGCUCCUUUCCCCCCGGAGUCCUGCGACUGAAGAGAGGCGGCGGAGAUUCGUUGGCCGAGGCAUCGGUUGAGGCGCUUUGGAGAGCCCCUGGAAGAGGAUCAUCAGUCGAUGCUGCGAGAGGCAUCAUGGAAGGUCCCAGCAUGAACACAACAAACCAUGCAACUCCAACGUAUGAGUAUAGCAACAGUACAACUAUGAUGUCGAUGUCCAAGUACGAACACCAACCAAGAAGAAAAUACAGAGGAGUGAGACAGAGGCCGUGGGGGAAGUGGGCAGCUGAGAUCCGAGACCCGGUCAAGGCUGCAAGGGUUUGGCUAGGCACGUUUGAGACGGCAGAAGCGGCAGCCCGAGCGUAUGACGUCGCGGCCUUGAAAUACCGAGGCAACAAGGCCAAGCUCAACUUCCCUGAGAAUGUCGUCGCCCACCUCUCCCUGGCCGAUCCUCCCGCGAACCAGGUGGCUGUUUCGGAUGCCGAAAUGACCCUUUUGUCCGCUCCGGAGAGCACAGAACCUCAGUUGGUUUCAGGUCUGGAUCAAGGCUUUGACAAAUGGUGCUCUUGGUUGUCUCCUGAUCCUGAUCUUGCGUCUUCUAAUUUGUUGUCGUCACCACCUUCUUCUUCAUCUUCAGGUUCAAAAGCAGGAUCCUUUGCUUGCCCAACUUGGUCUGAUUCUGGCCAUUUUAGCUCCUUCUCUAGGCAGUUUUGAAUAUACUCUUGUUCGCUCUAUUUUCAUUAGUUGUAUAUGCACUCGUUUGUGAUUUCGGAAUUGACCUUGUAUUUGUUUGUAAACCAGUUUUAAUUACAAUGCCAAGCAUUAUUCAUACCGCAAA